GCGGAAGUGUGGAACCAUUAGACAAAUUCUUCUCCGUCUUCUUCUUUUUUUUUUCCUGUUUUUUUAAACCAGAAAGGAAUAUGGCUACUUCUCAGAUCUGGUUCACUUUCGGAACCAUAGCUCUUCUUAUCAUAUCUGUAUUUGCAGAUGAUGUUACCGUUCUGACUGUAAAGAACUUCGAAAAGGAGGUCGGACAAGAUCGUGGCGCUCUUGUUGAGUUCUACGCGCCCUGGUGUGGUCACUGUAAAAAGCUUGCUCCAGAGUAUGAGAAGCUUGGUACUAGUUUUAAGAAGGCCAAGACUGUUCUGAUUGGAAAGGUUGACUGUGAUGAACAUAAGAGUCUAUGCAGCAAAUAUGGGGUAUCUGGAUACCCUACAAUACAGUGGUUUCCAAAAGGGUCCUUGGAACCCAAAAAGUAUGAAGGACCACGUACAGCAGAAUCUCUUGCUGAGUUUGUGAAUACUGAAGGAGGGACCAAUGUCAAGAUAACUACUGUACCAUCCAAUGUAGUGGUUCUAACACCAGAUAAUUUUAAUGAGGUCGUCUUGGAUGAAACUAAAGAUGUUCUGGUUGAGUUCUAUGCCCCAUGGUGUGGCCACUGCAAACAUCUUGCUCCUACUUAUGAAAAGGUUGCAACAGCAUAUAAACUUGAGGAAGAUGUAGUAAUUGCUAAUCUGGAUGCUGAUAAAUACAAAGAUUUGGCUGAAAAAUAUGGUGUUAGUGGCUAUCCUACAUUGAAAUUCUUCCCAAAAAGUAACAAAGCCGGUGAAGACUAUGAUGGUGGCCGAGAGUUGGAUGAUUUUGUGACUUUCAUCAAUGAAAAGUGUGGCACUAGUCGUGAUGGAAAAGGACAACUAACAUCCAAAGCUGGUAUAGUUCCAAGUUUGGAUGCCUUGGUGAAGGAGUUUGUAAGUGCUGACAGUGAUGAGAAGAAGAAAGUCUUUUCUCAGAUGGAAGAGGAGGUUGAGAAGCUCAAGGGUUCACGUGCAAGGUAUGGUAAGAUCUACUUGAAAGCUGCCAAGAACUGCAUGGAGAAGAAUCCAGAUUAUGCCAAGAACGAGGUGGAGCGACUACAACGCAUGCUUGACAAGUCAAUUAGCCCAGCCAAGGUAGACGAGUUCACACUCAAGAAAAACAUCCUAUCUACGUUUGCUUCAUCUUCCAGAGGAGUCGAACAUUAAUUGACAUGUCUUAACUAUCUCUGGGUAUCCAUUACCCCGUUUUCACCCUUGUUUCAAGCCUGGGGGAGUACUGUCCUGGUAUCAACCUUGGGAAUUUUCUUGUGAUGCAGAAUCCACAUGCAGGUUUCACUUUCUAAAACAAUUCAACGAAAGAAAAAUCAGUCCGUGGGUUGCACUUUCAGCGUGUGAACAUGUGUGAAAUUGCUCAUGCGACCCUCUAAUUCUUUUUCUUUGACAAUAAUAGAACAUGAUCCCUCUCU